AUGUCCGCUACCAUGAGCGGAAUGACCAGAGCAAACGUAAGCAUGGUUGGUCCUAUGUACUCUGUCAAGAAGAACACAGCCCUAAAGGAUGCGCUCUUCACCCGAACAGCUUUGUUCGCAACUACCACAGCUGCUCUCACACGUCAGAAACAUUGGAGUCCAACUUACUGUAUACCUGCCAACAGGCGUAAGUCUGGAUAUCAGAGUUUGUGCCGAAUCGUGGCCAUGCUGAUGAAAAUAAUUAGGUACUCUGAAGGGCGUGUUGCUCUCUAUGGUUCUGCCACAUUCGUUUCUCGCUCGCCAAUUGACUGCAUUCAUUUCACAAAAGACAUUCCGCGUCGUUCAUGGCCUCAGAAUCUCGAAUUCAACUGUACUUUCAGGCCUGAACUAGAGCAUUCCGUUCCCCUUCUUGAUCUGCUUUACUGGGUUGUGGAUGAUUUCCGCGCAUCCAAAGUAAAGAUCUGGUUGGCAAAGUCCUACUACCAAACUGACAAAGUGAGCAUUCAAGCCCAGCAGAAUACUAUUGAGGCGUUGAAACAUUUCCUAUCCUACUCGAAAAGCGAUACAACUUUCAUAUUGCCAUCAUGCUUCAAGCCAUCAGUUAGGAACUUGACAGUUCGAAGCCCCGGCAAAAUCACUUUCAAAUUUCUGGAACACUAUACUAGCGAUGAGGAACUUGAGCUUACUGGACUAGUGUACCUCGGUAGAAGCUAUAAGUACGGCUACCCAGACGACCGCGACGAUCAAAUCAGCGAUUAG